GAUUUUCCAACGUUGUUAUACUCAAUGAUUUUUUUUUUACAAUUUGUUUGGAUUGAGGAUGGUUUUUUCAUGAUAUGAUUUUUUUUUUUACAAGGUAUCGAUUCCCCUGUGAAGAAAUUAUCAUUGAAAUGAUGUAUUACAUAUUUCAUCUGGUUGUAGAGCAUUUCUAACAUCCUGCAACGAUAUCAGCUUCGUGUUGUAUUAAAAGAGUAAAAUGGCGUUUGGUUCCUAAAUCGGUUCAAUCAUUGUUGUUGUCCCUCAUUAAUUCGGUAUUCUGGCCUCUUCUUACUUAUCCAGUUAUCAAAUCAUCUUAUAAUUAGUGAAGCAUAUCCUUGUCUGAAAGGGACAGAUUUAAUAACAAGUAAUAAAAUAUAAGAAUUAACAAAACCAAUUGUCAUGACUAAACAGAAGAAUGUGGUUUGUAAAUUUCACACGUGUGAUAAAGUACUCAUAUCGGAAUAAGUAUUAGAGUGACGUGAUUAUAUCAAAUAGAGGAAGAUGACGCCUCAUAUGCCAAACAUUAUGAUGCAAUGCAAACCUAUGUAAUUAACAAUUACUCUCCACUUUGUACAUGGGUCACUCUGCUGUAAUUUUAGAUAUUAGUAUAAAUUGUUGAAAGAAAAAAUCUUAAAAGCAUGUAGCUUCCUUGUAUAUAGCUAGAAAUUUUAAACGGAUGAUGUGAAAUACGGCUCCAGGAAAAAAAUCAAACAAAAUAUUGUAGGAUUUUUGGUCUUAUUUUAUGUGUACACCGUAAUAAAAUUCCAUAAUGAAAUACUUUGUUCGUUUUCGGUAAUUUUGAAAAGUAAUCCCUGUUCAAAAACGGAUAAGAUAUUACUCUAAAUAAAAGUGAUCUGAAUUUGAUGCAUCAUUUGAAAGUGCAUUAAUGUGUAUUGAGAAUGGGAAGUUCACAAAUAAAUAAAUUUCGAUCACUUCCUGAUGUUUUACACAUAUAUUAUUGAUGUUAAUAAUUCAAAUAUUAUGCAUUGCAAGAUGAUCAAACUAAAUACAGUUAUCGACUGUUCUAGUGUAAACUCGUGUGAAAAAUGCGGUGUGUUAAAUGUAACACGCCAUGAUGAUAUUAUAAUCGAUGACUCCAAUUGUUCUAAAUUCUACCAGAAUGCUUUAUUUUUCACGCGAAUUGUAAGUCCAUUUGGCUACAAACAAGGCGGAAAACGGUGUUGUGAGGGAGGCUUGAGGAUCGUAUCCAACGCUUUAGUGUUGACUCCGGAAGAAAUCAGAAAGGAACUAUAUGUAGAUGCGACCAAUGUUUCUACAACAGAACAGAUAUACUCUGUAUCCCAACAGUUAGUGGUGGGCACCAAUCAUCUUCCCGAUUAUCUAAUCUUUGGACUAGGUGGCAUCAGCGGAUUUCUCUUUUUCACCACCAUUGUUACUAUUUUGAUCUUUUCUGUAAGACGCAGAAAUGAACUGCAAACAAAAGACAGUUUGCGCGUUUCCCAAGUCGGUUGUAACAAUCUUGGUUUUAGCGAAACCCAAAUGGAAAGAUAUAUUGGGGAAAAUGAAACGACAGUCCAGCGAGUGGUUGACUCUAUAAAGUCGAAUGAAGUUAUUUAUGUUAACACAUGUGAGAAAUGCCAAGAAUCCAAUGAGUCUGUAUCCUCAGAUGAAGCCACCUAUAUGAAUACCUAUGAUGGAUACCUUGAUGCUAAUGACCUUAGACAAGCAGGCCCUAUUGAGUCUUCAUGUGUGACAACAUUUUCAUCAAAUCAACCUUAUGGGUCUAAUAAAUCUACCUGUAAUAACACUUGUGAAGGAUAUCUGGAUGAUAAGGACCCUUGCCCUGCAACUUGUGGCGGAGUGACAAUGGCUGUUCCUAUCCUUCGAUUACCUUGGCUGACAUCACAACAAAGUCCUGGACUGAUUGGAAAAGCUGAGAACAUGUUUUAACAUUAGCUACUAAUGUUGAUUUAUGUUGAAUAUCUUCGUUUACAUGUACAUCAACUUGCAUGAGCAUGUCCAGACUCUCUACAAAGAUAAUCACUGAAUAAUUGGAUUGAAAACAGAAAACGGUUAGCAAUCAUGACUUAUAUCACACAUCAUUAAGAGAUAAACGAUCAAAUAAUAUCAAAAAUAUGUUUCAUCAAUCAUCGUUAUUUUCUACUUGAUAAUUUUUUACUUUAUGUAACAUAAACGUUACUGUUUAUGAUUUUUAAAAAAAAUAUUUGUUACAUUUGUUUUUCAUUUAAUUAUCGUGUGAUUAUUAUUUAGAGGAAUAAAUCCCAGUACACCAUUACUUAAAAAUCGAUGUUUUUAAUAAUAACAUCAGGGCUACAUCUUACCAAAGAACUUUUAAAAAGUCGUUAAUUUUUACAGCUCAAGGAAAUUUAUUUUAUUG